UCCACACCAAUGGAAUGGAAAAUAUAAAACAAGCAAAGCGUUCUCCCCACCAUCGCUGGUACAAUCUCUCUCCCCCGAGCUCGCAAAUCACUCCAAGCCGUCGCCGCCAUGGGCGACUACGGCAACGCGAUGAUGCGGAACCAGGACGCCGGUGUGCAGUCCCGCACGAAGGCGCAGAGCCGUGCCAACCUCCUCCAGCUCAAGCUCAUCGGUCAGAGCCAUCCGACGGGGCUCACGACCAACCUGCUGAAGCUGUUCGAGCCACGGCCGCCGCUCGAGCACAAGCCACCCGUCGAGAAGCGCAAAUUGCCAGCUUAUACGGGGAUGGCGCAGUUUGUGUCACGGUUUGCGGAGCCAGGUGACACCGAGUAUGCUCCACCUGUCCCCACAUGCGAGACUAGGGCUGAAAAGAAGGAUAGAAUUCGCCAACUUAAGCUUGAGCAAGGUGCAGCUAAGGUUGCUGAAGAGCUUCAGAAGUAUGACCCGCAAAAUGACCCCAAUGUCACUGGAGAUCCGUACAAAACACUCUUUGUUGCAAGACUUAACUACGAAACAUCCGAGCAGAAGGUUAAAAGGGACUUUGAAGCUUAUGGACCUAUUAAAAGGGUUCGGCUUGUAACUGACAAGGUAACAAAUAAACCUAGAGGAUAUGCAUUCGUAGAGUAUGUGCACACUCGGGACAUGAAAAGUGCUUACAAGCAAGCUGAUGGGCGAAAAGUGGACAACAAGAGGGUGCUGGUUGACGUGGAACGUGGUAGAACUGUUCCAAAUUGGCGUCCCAGGAGAUUGGGUGGUGGACUUGGAUCAAGCAGGAUUGGUGGUGAAGAUGCCUCCCAGAAGCAUUCUGCUAGAGAGCAGCAGAAUGCUGCUGGGCGCCCUAGAUCAGAAGAGCCUAGGAGGGAUGAUCGUCCUGCAGAUCGGGAUCGUGAGAAAUCGCGUGAAAGAGUGCGGGAAAGAGAUCGUGAUGAGAGAACCCGUGAACGCUCCCAUGACAGGACUCGUGAUCGUGAUCCAAGGGAAGAGAAGCACCACCAUAGAGAUCGUGAGAGGACUCGGGACAGGGAUCGAGAACGGGACCAGGAGAGAGACCGCGGGCGUGACCGCCGUGAUAGAGAUAGGCACAAGGAUCAUGGUCGGGACCGAGACCAGGAUAGGGACAGGAAACGUGAGCGUUCUCAUGGCAGGGGCAGGGAUCGUGACAGAGAUUACGAGCAUGUGAGCCAUGAGCAGGACCCUGCCAGGGACCGAGACCGAGAUUACAAGCGUGCACGCCAUGAACAUGACCGUGGUCACUUUCAGGAGAGUGAUGCUGAUUAUGGCAAUGGUGACCCCAGCUAUAACCAGCACAGAAGCCAUGAGCAGUAUGGUUAUAGCCAAGGACAUGGGCAUGAGACUGAGCGCUCAAAGCGUGAUAAUUCGCACAGUAAGAUGGCAAACAAUUAUCUGGGACAGCCUAACGAUGCAGAACCUGAAGUCCCUGAGGAAGGCGAGGCAUAUGAGGAAGGUGACUACCAGCAUAACCGGCCAGAUGAAUACAGGAACUGAAACUGUCAUGACAGCUGCAGUAAGGCUUUUCUACUUUGAAAUCUCGUUAUGUCAGGUGUUGGGUGCUUGUGUUGCUGCCGAGAGGCAGAAGCUCUUUGUUGUUGGCUAGUUCAAAAUCAGCCCAAUUGUUUUGGGCAUGUUUGUGUUUGUAAUAAGAACUUUUUAGAAGAUGUAUGUAAUUUUUGAGCCGAUGGGCAAUCAAUGUGAACUGAUCCGUGUGAUUUAUGUAAGUGAUUUAUGUAAUUUUUGUUGGCAAUCAAUGUGAACUCUCUAUACACCAUUUUUUAA